CGUGGGCACCGCCCGUCAGGCCCCCUGGAGGAGACUCUCUAGCCAGCCCCGGUCUCCUCUCUAUGGUGUGCGGAGCUGUUCCCGGAAGCGUCCCUCCCGGCUGGCGGCGAUGGCGGAGGUGGAGGGCCCGGAGGCGCGGGACGGGGAGCCGGAGCCGGAGCCGGAGCUGGAGGAAGGGGAGCCCCUGGAGCCGGGCGGCUACCUGCUGUACAGGCACAGAAAAGAAUGGGCUGACAUCGAACCAGUACCUCAAAACGAUGGACCAAAUCCUGUGGUUCAAAUCAUCUAUAGUGAAAAAUUCAGAGAUGUCUAUGAUUACUUUCGGGCUGUUCUGCAGCGGGAUGAAAGGAGUGAAAGAGCUUUUCAGCUAACGGGGGAUGCCAUUGAACUGAAUGCUGCAAAUUACACAGUGUGGCAUUUCCGGAGAGUCCUCCUGCAUUCAUUGAAAAAGGACCUUAAUGAGGAAAUUAACUAUAUUACAGCUAUCAUUGAAGACCAGCCAAAGAAUUACCAAGUCUGGCACCACAGACGGGUGUUGGUAGAGUGGCUGAAGGAUCCAUCUCAAGAGCUUGAGUUUAUAGCUGAAAUUCUUAACCAGGAUGCCAAGAAUUACCACGCUUGGCAGCACAGACAGUGGGUUAUUCAGGAGUUCAAGUUGUGGGAUAAUGAACUGGAGUACGUAGACCAGCUUCUGAAAGAGGAUGUGAGAAACAACUCUGUUUGGAACCAAAGAUACUUUGUAAUUUCCAACACUACUGGCUACAACGAUCCUGCUGUUCUAGAGAGAGAAGUCCAGUACACUCUAGAAAUGAUCAAGACAGUGCCACAUAAUGAGAGUGCAUGGAACUAUCUAAAAGGGAUUCUGCAGGAUCAUGGUCUUUCCAAAUAUCAAAAUCUAUUAGAGCAACUGGUGGAUUUACAGCCAAGCCACAGUUCUCCGUAUCUGAUUGCCUUCCUUGUGGAUAUAUAUGAAGACAUGCUAGAAAACCAAUGUGACAACAAGGAAGAAACACUAAACAAAGCAUUAGAGUUAUGUGACAUUCUGGCUAACGAAAAAGACACAAUCCGAAAGGAAUAUUGGAAGUAUAUUGGAAGGUCCCUUCAGAACAAGCACAGCACAGGCAGUGAACCAGACUUGCCGACAGAUCCGCAGCAAUAACUGCAAGUGGCAGAAGAUGGUGUCAAGCUCUAAGAUACUUACAAAGGAACUCCAAGUAGGGGGGCACGAGCCAGUAUAAACUUAGAGGUACUAUUCCCCUCUGCCUGAGUGUGAUGUAACUAUAUGUGCACUGCACAGGUGUUGCUUUUAACAGGAACUGAGUGUGAAGUGUUCAGUAUAACACAAUCCCCUUUGGUCACUGCUGCUACUAACAAUAGCUAUAGGUAGAUCAAGUAAUUAAGACUUCAAUUCAUUUUAGAAGUAUGCAAAAUAAAGGACUUGUUCUUAAUAGGCAAUACAUAAUGCUCUGUUUGCUAUUUUUAAGGCACUGAAUAAAUUUCUCACACUCCAGCCUAAUCCACUCCAUGCCGCCCCCCCUCCCUUUCCUAAUGCAGAACUUAUAAGGUUCAUUGCAGAUAAUUUGUAUGUAAUGGUUAUAAAGCAACUUAAUUUUAGUUACUUUAAGCGGGGAAUGCAAUUGUUGCCAUAGGCCAGAACAGCUCUGCAGCAGCAACGCAAUUGUGCUAUUAUUGUACCCAACUAAUGCCAACAACCUGGUUUUGUAAUAAAAGUGUAGAUAUACGAGUACUUGAAA